CAUACACAUCGAAUCUAUAUAAACUAUAUAUAAGUAUCUAUCUAUACACUCUAUGGCCAUACACCCAUCCACAUACAGCUUCAAACAUUUCUUAUCAAACCCGACAAAAUUUUAAUUUUUUUUCGUUUAAUUUCAAAGAAAAAAAUGUGGUCGAAGAUUUGGAAAUGCAGGGAGGAAGUUAAAACUAGCGAGCAGAUAAAUUACGAUGUUUUCGGGGAAUUAGAACGUAAUAACGAUGAUGUUAAGGCGGGCCAUGCGGAAGAUCGAAACAAUAGUACUUCUUUUCUUCAUGCAGUCAUCAACAUGGUUGGAAUGCUUAUUGGUUUAGGGCAGCUCUCGAUCCCGUACGCGUUAGAAAACGGAGGGUGGUCGACAGCAUUCCUACUGGUAGGCCUCGGCGCGGCGUGUUCGUACACCACCCACUUAUUAGGGCAAUGCAUGGCGAAAAACCCGAAAUCGAGAGACUACAAAGACAUCGGCAACCAUGCAUUCGGUUCGAAGGGAAGGAUAAUAUCCACCACUUUCAUCUACAUGGAGAUCUUCAUGGCGCUCGUCUCCUACACGAUCUCCCUCCACGACAACCUCGCCACCGCCUUCUCGGGCGUCCACAUCAGCUCGGGCUGGGCCCGCAUGUCGCCGCCUCAGCUGCUGGCGGCGAUCGCCGUCCUGGUGGCGGUCCCCACCCUCUGGCUGAGGGAUCUCUCGUCGAUAUCGUUCCUGUCGACGGCUGGCAUACUCUUGUCGGUUCUGAUCUUCGCGAUGGUGGCGUGCGCCGCGGCUUUCGGCGGGGUGAGGGCGGACCGCGGGAUCCCUGUGCUGCAGAUGCAGAGGAUUCCUGCCGUUUAUGGGCUCUAUAUCUUUAGCUUUGCUGGUCAUAUUGUUUUUCCUAAUAUUUACACUGCCAUGAAGGACCCUUCCAAGUUCACCAAGGUAUAUUUCUUGUUUUAUAUAUAUAUAUAUAUAUACUUAGAUCAAACAAUGUUAAGGACUAAGGUCUGA